CUGAAAUUUCUAGUUGUUGUGCUUAUUUAAUAAGUUUUGAAUUUUUGCUGAUUUCAAUAAAAUAUUUAAAAAUGAUUAAAGCUAUUCUAAUUUUUAAUAAUCAUGGAAAGCCAAGAUUGCUUAAAUUCUACACGAGAUAUACAGAAGAUGAACAACAACAAAUUGUUAGAGAAACAUUCCAACAAGUUUCAAAAAGAGAUGACAAUGUUUGCAAUUUUUUGGAGGGAGGAACUUUAAUUGGUGGAUCUGAUUUUAAAUUAAUUUACAGGCAUUAUGCAACUCUUUACUUUGUUUUUUGUGUUGACAGCUCUGAAAGUGAAUUAGGAAUUCUUGAUUUGAUUCAAGUUUUUGUAGAAACAUUAGAUAGAUGUUUUGAAAAUGUUUGUGAAUUGGAUAUGAUAUUUCAUGUUAAUAAAGUUCACAAUAUUUUAAAUGAAAUUGUAAUGGGUGGAAUGGUUUUGGAGACAAAUAUGAAUGAAAUAUUACUUAGAGUACAGGAACAGGAUAAAAUUGAGAAACAAGAGGCCGGAAUUACUGCAGCACCAGCAAGAGCUGUCUCCGCUGUCAAAAAUAUGAACAUUCCACAACAAAUUAAAGAUUUAAAAUUGCCUGAUUUACCAUCAAAGAUUGCCGCUUUUAAAAACCCUUUUUAA